UGGAAGUUUUCUACUCGUCUAGAAGAAACGAAGAAGACAAGGAAAAAAACGUAGCAAGAGUUCUUCGAUGGAAUAGUAAAAUGUCGAUCGUGUUUGUGCCCAAGAAACUUCGCGGGAAUGCCAAAAUCAACCAGGAAACCAUACAGAGGCUGCUGGACGAAAACGACCAGUUAAUACGAUGCAUUGUCGAGUACAUGCAGAAGGGACGCGCCGUGGAUUGCGUUAAAUAUCAAGAAUUCCUGCACCGUAACAUUGUGUACCUGGCAACUCUGGCCGACGCCAGCCCGCCGGACAACGUGCCUCCAUCCACGUUUUCGUCAUCAACUGUACGUAAAUGCGACCAAGGCACAGCCUCCGUGCAGCCGAACGCCAACACCAAUGAAGGACGUUGAUACCGACCAUACCUCUUCAUUCGUAUUAUAUUAUUAUUAUUAUUAUUAUUAUUUAUGUCAUGCCACGCCAUUCUGCCUCAUUUGAUUUACUUUUGCACAUGAAGGAGGUUUUGGGUCGCACUAGAAAAAAAGAUCAUUUACUUGAAAUGUUAAAACAAAAGUUGUAAUUUUACAAUAAAGUCAUUAUCAAGUGAGGGAAAAUGCUGCAAGUUUUAUGAAUUUCAAAUGAAAGGGUACUUUUUUUUGGAAAAAGUUUUCUCACACAAAAAAAUAUGGUAAGGAUACAACUUCUGAAAUAAAAAAUGAUUGCAUCUACUCUGGGGUUUUGUUUCCCUUUCCUCCAUUGUUGUAGUUUUCUGUUAAAACUAGUGGUAAGAUGUAUAUUCUUGUAAGAACUUUUUGUUUGUUUUGGCAAUAUUACCGCUUUUUAUUCUUGUUUAAAAACUACUACUACAUCCAACAGUCUUGUCAGUGAGGCCCUGUGCACUGUCAUUUCUUCAAGCUAUUCUAUUAACACUACCAUAGUAAAUCGGAAACUCAAUUUCUUUGGUGUCACUUUGUAUAAUGGACAAUAAAGAAAACAGAAGCAAUGAA